CAGCCAGUCUAUUCCGAAUUUUGUUUCUGUUUUUUUUCGUAUCUGCUUUUGAUUCACUCAGCUGAGGCCAGUCCGCUGUUGGCAGCGGCAAUACUUGUGUGCUCAGGUCUCAUUGAGUGUUCGCAUUGCUAGUAUCUCUUGUUAUUUUUACACGUACUUUCCUAUGCUGACUUUUACACCACCCCUGAUUUCAGAGCAACCUUGUCGGUGGCCUCCCUCCCUCCCUCAGGCUGAUGUAAUGGACAUCAGGGUGAUGAUGAUGGAGAGGAACAGGCACGACAGUGAGCAGUCCUGCUGCAGCACCUUCCAGUACCAUGACCUGGAGGCUGCUGAGGCACUUGUCAGCAUGAGUUCCUGGGGACAAAGGUCAGCAAACGACAAGCCACGCCCCCUGACCCCUACCUCAGACUCCUGCGACUCUCUCCUCCUCCACCCUGAGAUCAUCGAGUCCCCCAAGGACCCAGUCGCACUCUCAUCGCUGUGCAUGACCCCCCCUCACAGCCCCAGCUUUACCGAGACCGCUACCACAACAGCUGUCCUCACCACCUCAUUGGCCAGCUCAGGCCCCAGACCAGUCUUAACCCGGCCUAGACUCUGUGCAGGUCUUCCCUGCGAAAAUGCCCUUCUCCUGGACCAACGAGCUGGUACGGUCCCCAUCUUCAAGAGCUCUGGAGCUCCAGAGUUGCCCAGCAGAGCCAUGGUGACCAGCGUCAUCCGGCACACUGCUGACAGGGCCCUCACACAGCACAGCAACAACAUUCCACCUCAGUCCCUCAUAGGGCAGCACACAGACACCAACUCCAACAGAAACCCUACUGCAACCCUUCUGGCUGAGGCCGCUCCUAUGCAGACUGAACCACAGAGCUGCAGCACUGGUCUGUGUGUUAAGGUAGAGAAGGAUCAAGGCAGUCCAUCCUUACAUGACAGCAGCACAGACCCCUCUACUACUCCUACCCAAAGGUCCCUAUCCCAGCCCACCGCCACCUCCCAGUCCUCACCACCCAUUCCCAGCUCCCAGGUCCUCUGCCAGGUAUUUCCAGUCAAUGGGCGGACAGGGAUGAUCUCUGCAUUCGUCCAGGCAGGCCCAGUCCAGAUGACCCAGGGGGGGGGCAAGCCCAUACUACCCCAGUCACCCCCCUUCCCCCAGUCACUGCAGCUGGUGGGCUCCUCUGUGACUCAGGGGACGGUGAUGUUUGUGGUUCCCCAGCCCCCCGUGUCCCAGGCUCCGUCGUGCGCACAGACUGUAAUGACCCUGGGUAACACUAAGCUUCUGCCCCUGGCCCCAGCUCCAGUUUACAUGCCCUCAGGGCAGAGCAGCAAUGCCACACAAGCAGACUUCUCCCGCAGGCGGAACUACGUCUGCAACUUCCCCGGCUGUAAGAAGACCUACUUCAAAAGUUCCCACCUCAAGGCUCAUCUCAGAACUCACACUGGUGAGAAACCAUUCAGCUGCCACUGGGAGGGCUGCGACAAGAAGUUUGCCCGCUCCGACGAGCUCUCCCGCCACAGGCGAACACACACCGGUGAGAAGAAGUUUGUGUGUAACGUGUGCGAUCGGCGCUUCAUGCGCAGCGACCACUUGACCAAGCAUGCUCGCCGACACAUGACCUCCAAGAGGACCUCCACUUGGCCGGCUGAAGUCCGCGACCUCCACAAGAUGACGGUAUCUAAGGGCCUGUCGAGUGGUUCCAAACUUCCUCUCAGUGUGCUGGUCCCUUCCCCCAAUUAGCUGGGGCUCCCAGGCCGUACGGUCAUCUCAGGACAAUAUCCCACCACCGACCACACAAGACCAAGGAGAAAAUGAAACAAAACCAUAGGCUGCUACACAUUCAUGGACAGAAACAAACUGACCUUGCACUGGAUUUUUUAAUUAUGCUUGUUUUGUACUUCCUUGAUCUCUAUAUGUAAUUAUGUUUACUCAUGUAAUAUGUAUACAGUAUGUAAUGUUUAGCAAAAUGUAUGCACUCUUUUUGCCAAAGCCUUUGCGUUGUGCUUACAGUAUCUGUUACUAUUGGUCUAUGUGAUUGUAAAUAUGUAUAUAUGAAUAUCUAUAUAUGAUUGUUAUGUGUAUUCCAAUCUGCAUGUAUUGACAAUACGUCAAUAUAUGUUAUUGAUAUUUUUAAACAUGUCAGUGGACAGUAUUCCUCACUGUGAUACUACCUACUUUCUUGCUUUGCAUAUUAUUUAAUAAACAUUUGUUUUAAAAAGUGCUGUUUUUGAUAGCUUGAUCGGUUUGCUUUUGUUUUAUUACAGAUACAGUAUAACCAGUAUAAAUACCUCACAUUAUUUCUUAGUAAAUACUAAAUACUUUAUAGAGCUUCACCAUACUAAUAAUAUGAGUAAUCAAUGAUUGAAUGAAUUCUAUAGAUAUGGUCACGCUGAGAAAAGUGCUGUCCCUAUGUGUAGUUUUACUGGCUUUCAAUGUAGGCAAUGGUCAUUAUGAGUCCCAUUGGUUUUUUUCCAUAAUAAAAUACAUGACUAAACUUG